AUGUCGGACUCGCGGGCCUCAGAAGCUGCAGCCGACCCGGGCCCGCGAGCCCUCAGGAAGUCCUUGUCUGAGCUGCUGGCGGGAAGGGUUAAAAAGCGAAAAUGCAGUCCUGAGAGGCGACAGGAGGUAAAGGCAGCUGCCGUGCACCUGCUGAGAAGCCACCUAAACCUGGACGACCUUCUGCUUGAGGUUGAAGGUCCACAGAGUGAAAAAUUGUGUCUCAGCAAAUUGGUGGGUUAUGACAGUCCUGAGGCCUACACUAAUCCUUCUGAUGCAUUCGUAGGCUCUGCUUUGCAGGAUCAAGCCUUGAGCCUAGGGGUUCCAGUGGGAAUCCUGUCAGCCAGAAUGACCGCCUCCACCAUUGGAGAGAUAUGUGAGGCUGCAGGGACGUCCAGUCCCACUGUGCUGCUCAGCUCAGAGCAGAGGAAGAAACUGUCUUCCUUGCUAAGGAUUGCUCAGUACUUGUUGGCAAAUGGUAUGUUCUGCCGUCUCUCCUUCUGUCACGAAUUAUGGAAAGUACAGAAUUCUUUGGUGCUUGAAGCUGUGUGGCAUCUUCAGAUACAAAACAUUGUGAGCCUACAAGAGCUGCUGGAAAGGCACUCAGACAUGCAGGUCCUGGAGGUCUGGCUGUGCAGGAGCCUGGCCCUUCUGUGUAAGGAGGUGGAAGCACCAAGUCUGUCCGCUGAUGUCGCCAGGGCUGUGCUUGCUGAUUUUUUACGGAUGCUUGUUUUGAGGGGAUUUCAGGAAAAGUCGGAUCUGAGAAGAAAUGUGGAGCAGGAGAAGCUGCCCCAGGUCGCUGUCACCGUCCUGCAGAGCCUGCUGAACACUGCCCUCGAAGCUCUGGCUGCUGACAAGCAGGAAGUAUCUGUGGCACCUGGGCCUGCACAGUGCUGGCUCAGCUUGUUCAGCGGACACACAUACUGCAGUGUAAUCGCAACAGAGGCUCCAAAGAGGUUUUUCACUCACACCCUGACGCAGAUACUCACCCAUAACCCUGUGCUGAAAGCAUCAGACGCCAUCCAGAUGCAGAGGGAAUGGAGCUUUGUGAGGACCCCCCCUCUGCUCACCAGCCUGUACCGCAAGCUCUUUGUGGUGCUGAGUCCCGAGGAGCUGCUCAGCUGCUUGCAGGAGGUUCUGGACACGCGUGAGGUGAACUGGCGGCACGUACUCUCCUGCGUGUCCACCCUGGUCAUCUGCCUCCCAGAUGCACAGCAGCUGGUCAGAGACUGGGUGGCCCACUUGGUGGCCGGCGCCUUUGAGAGGUUCGACCUGGAGAGCUUAGUUCCUGCCUUCCUGAUCGUGCGCCAGGCUGCACUGGAGGGCCCCACUGUGUUCCCACCGUAUGUGGACUGGUUCAAGGUUACCUUUGGCAGUGCCCGUAGUCCCCACUGCCGCAGCAAGAAGGCACUGGUAUUCCUCUUCACGUUCCUGUCAGACCUUGUGCCGUUUGAGGCCCCCCAGUACCUGAAGGUACAUGUGCUCCAUCCACCCCUGGUCCCAGAGCGGCUGCGCCCCUUGCUCACUGACUACGUCACACUGGCUCGGACGCGGCUGGCCGACCUUGAGGUUUCCGUAGAAGACAUGGGGCUCUACGAGGACCUGUCAUCAGUGGGCGGUGCCACAGAGCCCCGCAGCCAGGCCCUUCAGGACGUGGAGAAGGCCCUUGAGGUGUUUGCGCAUACAGGGAAGAUCCCGGCCGCUGUGAUGGAGGCCAGCAUAUUCAGGAGGUCCUACUACCUGUCCUACUUCCUUCCCGCCCUGCUCAUGCCACGCGUGCUGCCCAAGAGUCCUGACCCCCGUUUGGCCCUCAUUGAGGCCCUGAAGAGAGCAGAUAAAAUCCCUCUGUCGGUAUACUCAGACUACCGUCAAGCCUGCUGUGCUGCUGAGGAGAAGAAGCCAGAAAGUAAGCUGGGGCUUAAGGCGGAGCCUGGCUGUGCCAGCGGAGCUUUGGGCGCGCUCGAGGCUGCGCUGGGAGCACUCAGAGCUGCGAUGGUGGAGCCUGCGCAGUGUGACGUGGUGCCCGCCCACAUUGCCGUGAUCUCAGAGCGGCUGCGUGCUGUCCUGGACCCCAGCGAGGAUGGUGUUGAGGUGCCAAGCAUUCAGCAUGAUGUUCCUUCUGCAGAGCUUGGACUGCUGAAGCAGAAGGCUGUGGACCUCCUGCUCACCUGCUUCUGCCAGAGCCUGGUGGCUGCCUCCAGCUUCGCCUCACCUCAGAGGCAGGGCCCCUGGGCUUCUCUCUUCACAAGUCUGCUGUGUGGACGUGCACUUCUGCCUGCAGUGCUGACACGCCUGUCCCAGCUGCUGCUCCAGCAGGGUCCCCGCCUUAGCGCCCCCCAUGUGCUGGGGCUGGCCGCACUGGCUAUCCACCUGAGUGAGUGUGAGCUGGUGUUGCCGCGUGCAGACCUGGGCCCAGCUGCCUCUGCCCAGGACCUCUCGGUGGCUGCCUUCCUGGAUAGCCUCCUGCCCUGCAGGACUGGGGAGUCCCUGCUCUUCUGUGUGAGGUUUUGUACGGCAGCAAUUUCAUACACCUUGUGCAUGUCUUCCUCUGAGUCCCAAGCUGUUACAUGCGGCCGUUUCUCUCCAGGUUUCGUGAAGAAGUUCCAGUUCACUGUGCUGAGACUGUUCUCUGAAGCCCGUGAGCCUCCCUGUGCAGAUGUGGGAGACCUACCCUGGAGGCCCCUUGGCCUGCCUUCCGCCGACUGGAUGAAGGCGGCCCUCUGUCUGUGGAGACAUAGGGCAUUCCGAGAGCUGCUGAAGGAGAAGGAAUUUCAAUUGAAUUACAGAGAUUGGCUGCAGUUAGAGCUGGGAAUUGAGCCUGCAGUUGAUGCUCUUUCAGCUACAGAGAGGCGAGACUUCCACCAGUGGGCGAUCUACCAGUGCUACUUGCCCGAGUCCCCAGCUGUGGGGGGCUGUGGCGGAGACCUGGAGACAGCCUGUGGUGUCCUCACUGAGGCAAUGAUGGACUUCUGUCAGAGCUCACAGAACCCUGACUCUGUGGAGAAUUCAGAUUUGGGCCCUGGAGGCCGCAUGGUAAACCAGGAUCUUCUUUCCAGAUUGCAGGAAAUGGUUGCGGAGCUGGAGCUGGAGCAGGGCGGCACACCUCGGGGACGCUUCCUCUUUGGGAUUUUUUGCAGGCGGCUGCAGGCACUGGGAGACAUGUCAACGGUGGCUGCCCGCCUUCGGAGGCAGCAGGAGCUGCUACUGCACAAACGGAUCCUCUUGGCCCUGCCCCCUACCAUGCUCUUCACCAGCCUCCAGGAGAAGCCGGCCACUGUCAACUGUGACGAGUUCUUGCACUUUGUCAACUCUGAACUGAGAAACAUCUACUACCACGGAGGCUCCCUGACCCACGACAUCACCGCUCACUUCUUCCGGGGACUCCUGAGCACCUGUCUACGUGGCCAAGACCCCUCCUUGCUGGUUGACCUGACCCUUGUUGCCUGCCAGUCCAAGUGCCCGAUAAUCCUGACCUCUGCCCUGAGGUGGUGGCCACGUUUAGAGCCGGUGCUCACAUGCCAGUGGAGGCGGCUUUCGCAAAGCCCACUGCCCCAAGCGCUGCAGCAGCUGGCAGAGGUCCAGGACCUGGCCAAGAGCUUCCUUUCCCUUGAUAUGGCCCUGCCCACCUCACGUGCCCCCAGCCCAGCCUGGCUCUCUGCGGCCUCCUUGCAUUUUGCCAUCCAGCAAGCUCUGCGAGAACAGGGCAGAAGGGAGCUGAAGAUGCUGGACCACAAACCAGACGAGGUGCUGUUGUCCCUCCUCUUCUUCUCUGUGAUAAGCCUGCUCUCAGCACACCUGGCACGGAACGAAGCUGUUGACCCUCUGAAGCUGAUGGCCAUGUGCACUGAGAUCCUCAGGUGUAUGGAGAGGAGGAGGGUACCCUGGCUUACCCUCUUCCAGUUGACAGAGACAGAGGCAGGGCUGGGCCAGGUGCUGCUCCGAGUGGCCUCCGACCACCACAUCAGGCUGUUGCCGCUUGCCUUCUUCAGCCUACUCCCCUACCUCGACCCCAAUGCCCUGAUCAGGGAGGACACCUUCUUGCACGUUGCUGUCAACAUGUACCUGAAGCUGAUGCAGCUCUUUUUGGCUGGGGAGACAAGCACCUUCCUGACUCAGGCUGCUCAGAGACAGCAGGACCAGGCAAGUGACGAUCCACUGGGGCUGAUAACAAAGGCGCGUGUCUUUCUGCUGCAGUUCAUACCUCGGUGCUCAGACAGGAGCUUCUCCAAUAUGGCCGAGCUGUUAGCCACUACCAAGGACCUGGACCCAGAAAUGAGCACUGUCCUCCAGAGCAGGCAGCAAGUUCUGUCCGACCUAGCCCUGUCCCAGGAGCCCCAGCUCUUCUGA